AUGUCCCGCUUCUCCCCCCAAACCGCCCUCAAUGUCCCCACACAGGUCUGGCUCCGGGUCGCCGAGUCUAACUCGGUGCUGAGCUGCGCCUUGGCUGCCGCGACCCCGCCUGGCACCGCCCGACCCCAAGCCCCGGAUCGCCCACCUUCUCCGGACGCCGCGCCUCCCGGCGUCCGACCCCGCGGCGCUGGAGUCGGUGACGAGCGUGUCACAUCUUCCUUCCCGGCAGCCGCCCGGGCGCGCGCCACGCGCUCCCACACUCGCCCGGACUGGAGCGGGGACCCGGGGCCCGGGCGCCCGACGCGCGCGCCGCUCAGCGGCUCCCGCCGGCCUCCGCCGAGCAGCCUUCCGGCGCCGCCUCGGAGCCCUGGCGACCCGCGCUCCCGUCCCGGGCGGCUGGCGGGGUCGCCUCUGGGCCAGAGCGCGCCGCGCCGGGGACUCGGCCUCCGGGGGGGGUGGGGGACGCGGGGCUGCGCUCAGCCCGCGCCGCGCGCCUCAUUGUUCCCGGCGGCGGCUCCCGGUCCCCGCGCCGAGCCUCCCGCGGUCCCGGGAAGUUCCCGGCCGCUCCCGGCGCCCCGGCUCCGCUGCCUGGCCGCGGCUGCGCAGGGGUGCCCGGCGGGGCGCUUCCCGGCUGCGCGCCGAGCCCGGCUCCCGGCAGAGAGUGGCCGCAGACUCGCGCGGCGCGGCGGCCUGAAAGGCAAGCCAGCCCCCGCCGCUGCCUCCAGCCAGCCCCGGUCCUCCGGGGGUCACCUGCACAGGCUCCGCCUGGCACGGCGCGUGGCACCCGCGGGCCGCAAGGAUGCUGGAGAGAGGACGAGCCGUGAGUGCGGGGAAGGGGUCCCGGAGCCUGGCCCCGCGGAAGUGAGUCUUUGUGCGCCCCGCUCUGACACACCCUCCCGCGGCGCUGAAGGCCGGGCUACCUGCGCGCCAGGCAGUGCCCGGGAGCCGGCCGGGUGGGGCGCCGGGGAGUGCAGCAUCCUCUCGGGCCGCUCGCUCCCUUUGUUCCGCCCGCUCGGCCAGGCUCCGCGCCACCGCCCGGCCCUUGCUCCCGGGAGCCGGAGGUGGACUGGGAGCGAGCCACCUGCCACUGGGAAUUCCGUCGGUCGGGUUCUCCCCACCGAACGCGACUGGCUCCCAGAGGACCAGCAAAGUUCACGGAACGACGGCACCCGGACUGCUGGCCUGGCGCGAGGAGAACCGGGCGCGGGAGCCGCGGGUGUGGCUGCGGAUAGGGUGUCCGUCUGCUCGCGUGCGGGAUGUCCAUUUGUUGCCUCCAACCUCUGGUUCUUGAGAAGCGGCCGCAGCUGGUCCCGGACCGAGACCGCGCCGCCCUUUGUUUGCUGUCACCUUCCAGAACCCGAGUACACGUCACAAGCUCCCAGGCAUCCACAGGGGCACUGCACUUCACAGUUGAUGGAAAUGCUUCUCCUCCCUCAUCUCUGAGGAAAUGAAGGUCUGAUGGGAUUGAAAGCCAUCUACAGGUGGCCUUGCCACUUCUAAAUGAAAAAGGCGAAAAGUGGGAAGUUGCAUUCAGCGUGUGUUUUGCACGAAUGGUUGUAGAGGCAGCAAGAUGGGCCCGGCCAACUUCUUUCCUGGAACCACUCAGCAUCUCAGCAUCUCCACAUCUCAGCACCUCCGAAUCUCAGCAUCCAGCUCGAGCUGUGAACCACAUCUGUGGUGCAUCUGUGCUUUAUCUGGUUUAUUUCAUGGACCUAAGGGCUGCAUCUACAACAACACUGAUCCUUUAACCCACUGUGUGGGGCUGGGGAACAACCUGUGUCCUGGUGCUGCUGAGACGCCACCAAUCCCGUUGGGCUACAGCAGAACGCCUGGAGAGGAUAUUUUAAUAUAUUGAAUCAUUGAGAAAUGAUAAAAGGAGAAGUCCAUACACAUUCAUGAUUUUCCUUUUUUUAAAAAAUUUUUUGAGAAUGAUAACAUCCCCUGAGGAGCCCUCUUGAAGGAAGAGAACAGAAACGUCAGCAUCCUGGGUUGUUCUCAUGCCCACAGACACUUUCCGUGGGGGAGCAGUGACCCCAAGCGUGGCCCAGGGUCCUCAAGACCCUCUCCAAAAGGGUUCCUAGGGUCAAAACUAUUUUCAUAAUACCAGAGAUUUGUUCCUUUUUCAGUCUCCUGCUCUCCUGAUUGUACAGGGGAAUUUUCUAGAAGCUGAUAGUGCAGACUGAUUGAGCAGACUGACUACAGACUGAUGGUGCAGACUGACGGUGGAGACUAACUGCAAACUGAGUGCAGACUGAUGGUGCAGACUGAUUGCAGAAACAGCUAUGAACAUUCACCUGUAUUGUUAGCCAGACAUUACAGCAAUUUGCAGAAAUGGAAGCAAUGUUACUCUCCUGCCUAGGUUUUUUGGUUUUGUUUUGGAAACCAUAGUUACAUUUUCACAAAAAUGUGUGACUGGCAUGACCAGGUGACAAAACUAAUUACACUCAACACAUGUUCAUUCCGGGACCUGCUCUAGGUGCUAGGAAACAUCAGAGAGGACGUCACACAUACAGAUCCAUGGGGCUCAAACUGUGUGAGGUGACGUGGACCCCACGGAAACUCACUGAGAGGCUGCAGGAAGGUUUAACUUUUCAAGGGAAGCACAGUGAUGCUUGGCCCCUGUGGGAUAACAUGGUUUGACGGUCUCUCCAUUAGACUGUGCAGCACUUACUGAAGAUGUCAUCUCUCUCUGAAAUCGCAUUUCUGGAAGUUGUUGGGAUUAAAACGACUCCAGUUUUGUUCAGGAAAUCGAGACGUCUCAUGCUUCCAGAGCUCUUCUCCAACCCCAAAGAUUGGCCAAUCCAGAGGUUCUUAACUUGAGUGGCCCAGCGCAGUGCCUCAGGGGACUUUUAAACAUCAGGAUGCGGAGAACAUGUUGGACCAGGGAAAUCAGUCACUGGGGAUGAGACUCAGCCAGCAUCAGUAUUUUGUAAAGCUCCCCAGGCUUAUGACAUGCCUGAAGCUUUACUAGCUUCUCUGCUUCCCAGCAGCUACCCACCGACCAGCUCCUCACACUCUUGCUAUGAGCCAUGAAUCAAAACAUAUUUUGAGGAGAAAAGCAACCCAGAAAGGCCCUGUUGGAUACCCCACCUCCUCCUCUGAGAAUAUCAGGUGAACAUUCUCUCAUUCAUUUUGCCACUUUGUUUAUAUCCAAAUAUCUGGAUAUUAACGGACAAAUGCAGGAGCCAGUUGGGUCCCCAGAACUUCGAAAUUAACCUUUCUGAGCAAAGGAAAAAGCUCUUCCCGUCCUCUCAGGGUGAGUGACUGAUUGGGCAGCUUGCUUCAACGUUCGGACACACCCAGAAAAUUGUUCCAGACUGUGGAUCAGAGGCCUCUAAGUGUGUCAAACUCACUUGCCUCUAGGUAGCUGGGCUGCUGUUCCCGGUCCAGCUGUAUAACCAUAUAAUAUGUCACCCAUCUCCAGACAGUUUUUUUAGUAAAAAGAGUUGUUUUUGAUGAGCAUGCUGUGACCAAAGACUCAACCUAGGACAACGCCUGGGGAACCAGGACCCACCGCCUAAGUCUGCCUGGGUAACUUCUGGGGCCGCCAAUGGCUGGUGACACCCCCCUGCCCACCUGCAGCUGUCCUUAGGGCUGGCCUGUGGUAAAAAUGACAGGCGAAGAUCUUAAGAAAGUACAGUUUUUAUGAGACCAACUGUUUUGUGAAUGCUCUCAACAACAGAGCCCCAUGUCUGCAGAUCUUCCAGAGGGCUAACGAAAGCCAAGUUUGAGGAAGCGUGGCUCUCACUCUGAGGGAAAAUGUGAAAAAAAGAUUAUAGAAAUCAGGAGUUCCCACUGUGUAAUGAAUCUGACUAGUACCCAUGAGGAUGCAGGUUCAAUCCCUGUCCUUGCUCAGUGGGUUAAGGAUCCGGCGUUGCCGCGAGCUGUGGUGUAGGUCACAGACGCGGCUUGGGUCCCACGUGGCUGUGGCUGUGGUGUAGGCCGGCAGCUGCAGCUCUGAUUCAACCCCUAACUUGGGAACCUCCAUAUGCCGUGGGUGUGGCCCUAAAAAGAAAAGAAAAGAUUACAAAAAUCAGAUGACACAAUGAAAAGAAGCGGAGGAGGUGGACUGUGCGUGGACCUGCAUAGAAACAGCAAUUUUGCAGAAGCACCUCUGAGUGGAGUUCUAGGGACAGACCGAAUAGGCUUUGUGGAGACACACCCUGUCACUCCUACGAAGUCCUGCAGGUAACUGGCUCCCAUGACCAGCAUGAUGGGAAAAGAACAAGGGCCUUUCUAUGCUACAGCCACACAAAGAUGCUGCAAAAGAAGGGAAAGAAAAGGCAGCACAGAUUACCAACAGAGGAAGGGAAUUCUCCAGAAAAGCAUUGCCUUGCAAGAGAUGAAAAAUUGUAGGAAGUGAAAUCUUCAUUCGUUUAAAAUAAAUGCUAUUUUAAGAGGUGUACAAUGAAGCCUAAAGGCAAGAACUCAGAAUGUAGAAACGGAGGAUGUUAAUCACAGGUGGGCAGAGGGCAGGACAGAAAGAUGAGGAUGGCAUUGGAUAGAGUCCAAAGGCAAAUGAACACUAACAAGAAAAAUGAGGUGACCUGAAGAGUAGAAGCGAGAAAAGUCAAAAGAAAAUGGGAAAAAAGUGUUAAACUUAUCACAGGACACAGGUAUGCAAGAAACUAGCCCAAAUAAUGUUGAGCAUAGUAUGUUGACUCUGUACCUCAGAUUGAAGAUAAAAAUGCUGUACCCAUGCUGAAUUCUAACUAGGAGCUUUGUUGGUCCUGGUCAUUUGGGCUACUCAUUUGGCAACCACUUCUGAGUAUUUUUGGAUAGAGAAGUAAUUGCCUUAAGAACAAGCACCUGUAACUUUCUCCUCUUCUGAUGGAGAGCUGAGUUACCAAGUAUGGCGAGGGCGGAGAUUAAGAACUUGUGUGCAGGGGAAUUGGGACAUCUGUGUAAUGACUGCAUGUGAGCGUGCAUGCACACACACACAAACACAUGCAUGUGCACACGCACUCGUGACUCCAGCCACAGAGUCCUCGGGUCUCCUGGGUGAAGGGGCCCUGGAGCAGUCUGCCUCGGCACCUGUGACAACUCACAUCUUGAGCUCUGCAAACCAUUCUAAUAAAUUGGCUUGAAACAAUGGUUUCCUUGGCGACACAGUUGCGUCCAGGGCUGUGUCAAGGGACGUAUAAGGUGAGGGCUAGAAUGGGAUGGAAGAAAGUGACCAGAGAAUGGAGCCCCGUGCUGACGAAGACGUUGCACGAGCCAACUGAUGAAGAUGUUCCACUGGUCAUUUCAGGUACAAUUUGAGCAUCGAAAUACAUAAGGAUAGAAAGACGUAGUUAUCCAUUGAAUGAACUGAGAAUUGCUCAUUCCCUGAGUGAACGGGAAGGAAACACUCCUCCUUGCUGAAGAAAACCAACAAAGAAACGUGGAAGGGAAGGCAAGGUUAGGAAGUCCUUGUCUGACAGCUGUUGACUGAGGCCAAAACCAGGGGUAGAAAGUUGGAGCCACGAAACAUCUUGUUUCCAAGGGUCCAAGAUACUUCUUAACAGAAAGGACCACAGAGGAGCUUUGCACCUGAGAAACCUUGCAGACGCCACAUUCCCCAAAGGACGGAAGUUACCUUCACCCCCAAACGAGGUCAAGUCACCCUUGCUAUGGUUCGUAAGACGAUCACAGCGUCACUUCCGAGGGUCUUCUGCCCCAGAUACGUGACCUGCAACAAAUCACGACAAAAUAUCUAAGUACCCACACUGAGUGACAUUCUCAAAACAAUGGCUCAAAGUUUUUAAAGAAAGUGAAAUGUAAAAACAUGCUUCUGAUUAAAGGAGACUCAAGUGAUCAUGAUUAAUAUAAUACGUGUCCUUUUGUGAAACCCUGGCCUGGGCUGGGCAGGGGUCCUUUAUGAUAGACAUUAUUGGGACAAUUAAUGACAUUUUGAACAGAGACUGCGAAUUCCAUAACAGUAUUGUAUCAUAUUCAGUUUCCUGGAUUUGAACAUUCUUCUGUCGUUUCAUAAGAGUAUCCUUGUUUUUCGGGAAUAUACUGAUAUAUUUAGGGUAAAAGUGUGCUGCCUGGGAACCUCCUUAUGCCAUAAGAGCGGCCCCAGAAAAGGCAAAAAGACAAAUAAAAUAAAAUAAAAUAAAUAAAUAAAUGGGGGGAGUUCCUGUCAUGGCUCAGCAGAAAUGAAUCUGACUGUUAUCUACCAGGAUGCGGGUUCAAUCCCUGGCCUUGCCCAGUGGGUUAAGGAUCCAGCAUUGUGGUGAGCUGUGGUGUAGGUCACAGAUGGGGCUUGGAUCCUGCAUUGUGGUGGCUGUGGUGUAGGCCGGUGGCUGUAGCUCCAAUUUGACCCCUAGCCUAGGAAUCUCCAUAUGCCACAGGUACGGCCCUAAAAAAAAAAAAAAAAAAAAAAAAAAAAAAAAAAAAAGAACUUUUAAUGCAGUGGGGCACACCAAGACCUACGGAGAAAUGUUGCUCUUUUCUACACAGCAACUUUUGCAAAGGGUAAAGACAUCCAAAGUAUGAAGAGUGGGCUAAAGAUUUUGUAUUCAUGGAAGCAUCCUUCAGGUAUAAGGGCUGCAGGCAAAUGGUUUUGAACUUGUGCAAACCCAGGAAAACAUUGUGCCUGUGAGCUCAUCCAAGGAGGUUAUUGGAAGAUGCUUGUUAGCUAAUGACCAAGAGACGUUACAAGAACCCUCACAGUGAAAGAUUUAAGGUGAGCAUUGCACAUGGAGGAGGAAAACCAAGACCCCCACAAAUGUCGGUGCUAAAGAACCCAAGGAUGUGUGUAUGAGACAACUGAUACAAUGAAGAGAGAAAAAGGGAAAGAAAUUGUGGAAAUAACUGUCGUAUUUGUAAUAACUGGAUCAAAAGAUCAAUUUUAAAACUGACACAUUUAAUAGUAGGUGCACAGAGCUGAGAAAAUAGGAAAUUGCAUGUGAAAAAAAUGUUUAACAAGAAUAUGAAGAAAACUCUGAAAUAGAAGGGCAAUGGGCAAGAAUUACACUUAGAAAACAAAAAACAGAGAUUUGUAAAUCAGAUACAUUAAAACAUCAUGGUAUUGCUGUAUAAUUAGAACAAUGGAAAACAGAAAAGAAAAAAAAAAAGUUCAGAAAUUGACCCUAAUUCCAAUUUUGUGCAUGAUAGAUGAAGAAGCACAAAAUAGACAAUUUGAGAUGAUACUAUGGGGCAGGUUUCUGGGAGAAAAAAGGUAAAUCCUACAACAGAAAUAGAAUUCAGGUUAUGCAAUAGGCGUUCCUCUUUGGCUCAGUGGGUUAAGAAUCUGGCCUAGUCACUGCUGUGGCACGAGUUCGAUCCCUGGCCCAGGAACUUCUGCAUACUAUGGGCACAAGCAAACAACAACGACCACCAAACAAAAACAAAAGCCAUGUUAGGUUAUGCUACAGUAAAAGGGACCCUAAAAUCACAGUUGCUUAAUUGAAUCUAAUUUAAUCCAACAAAGGUUGAUUACUCAUUCAGGUUAUUGAUCCAUUGUUGAGCAGAGUGGUCAAUGUGCUAUCUUUAUGCAAUCUGAAACUAUUCUAAAAUUUUUAAAAAAUUUAUUUUUAAAAAAUCCAAAUCUUAUAUUCUGCCCCAUAUAACUGCUUUCUCUGAAGUGGGUGAGGAGCCACAAUCUGGGAAUGUAGGUCCUCUGAACUCGCCCCCCUGCCUUGGACCAGACACUACCCCUUUUAGUUUCCCCCACACCCCUCAUCAGCAGGCAGCAUAUGGGGAACUAAGAUUUGGCCAUUUCUGUGCCUUUAUCGCUGCUCCAGACCCUGAAGCCUUUCCUGAAAUCCCCGGGGGCUCUCAUCCUUUAUUCCUAAAUGGCUGCCAGGUUCCUAUGACCCUGACCUCGGUGCUCCUGGCCUCUGCUUUGACCUCCUUCCCGCCUCUCACCAUUGGAUUUAUUCCUGAAGAAGGAUCAAAGUCUGUUGGUUCUGGAAGGAAACGCAGCCCAUCUAGUCAAGUCUUUUUGAGUUAUAUCAAAAAUAAAACAGAUCCACAGAUAGGGAGGAUUCCCUGCUGUCCUGACCUCCUGGGGAGACUGAUCCUCCAGCCUGCCCCCCCCCGCCCCCCCGCAGACCCCGAUGUCAAGGCUGGUUCUGGCCCUUCUCCACCAGCCGGUCACUCCAGACAGCAGCUCUGUUUGAGAUUUCAUGAUGUGUGUUGUGUGCACUCACAGAACCACAAGUGUGUCUGUGUGUUCAUGCCACCUUCAUGUCUGAAAUCGGCCUAGAACUUGCUUUUCCAUACACCCAUCUUCUCUGCAAAUAUCAAAAGGGAGAACUUGACCAGGAAUAAACACCUAUUGACUAAAAAGACACACUUCUACUUUUUGAAGAUUCUGUGUUUUCAGAUCUUUUGGAGUGAAUGUAAGUGAAAUAUUUACCUGGUUUCUCUCUCCUUGGUCGUGAGAGCUCCUAAAACUCCUUUUCAAAAGAUAAGAUCAGAGUUCCUGUUAUGGCUCAGCUGGUUAAAACCCUGACAUAGUGUCUGUGAGGAUGCAGGUUUGAUCCCUGGCCUUGCUCAGUGGGUUAAGGAUCCGGCGUUGCCACAGGCUGCAGUGACAUUCACAGAUGUGGCUCAGAUUCCAUGUUGCUGUGGGCUGGCAGCUGCAGCUGCAAUUUGACCCCUAGCCUGGGAACUUCCAUAGGCUGCAGAUGCAGCCAUUAAAAAAAAGCAAACGAUCAUCUACGUUUGAUGCAUUAAUUAACGCAGUAGGAUUUAAAGAAUAGAAUUAUUUUGACUUUUAAGCCUUGGUCUAUAUCUGCCUUUAGCAAGAGAGGCUGCGUUUUUCUCCAUGGAAAUGAGCUUGAGAAUAUUGUGUGUUUGAAUGAAUCAGUGACCCUGUUAAUUUCUCCUCAUCUGGAUGAUGUCAUGAGAUCUAUGGAAGCACUUCCAGGAAGGCAGUCUGAUGGCUUAGCUGUGUUAAGAUGCUGCAGACUCUCCAAAUCAUGUAUUUACAUAUGAGCUUCUGUAAAUUGUCCCAGCGCAAGCCCAACAACAAAAAUAAACAUGAGGAUGUGUCUGAAGAUAUGCUACUGCAGGCCUGGGUUUUUUGUUGUUUUUUUUUUCUUUUGCCUCCCCUGACCAGUCAUGUAUUUGAAAAUAGGCAUGCUGGCAAUGUGUUCGUUUUUUUCCUUUCGAAAAUCAUUUUAGGUCUUUUAGACCAAAAAAAAAAAAAAAAAAAAAAAAAAAAGAAGAAGAAGG